AUGAGAUUAGCGUAUUUGAAAUCGAUGUUGAAUCAAGAUAUCAGCCUCUUUGACACUGAAGCUUCCACUGGAGAAGUGAUCUCUGCAAUCACCAGUGAUAUAAUUGUAGUUCAAGAUGCCAUCUCUGAGAAGGUGGGGAAUUUCUUGCACUACAUAAGCCGUUUUAUAUCAGGUUUUGCAAUUGGGUUCUCUCAAGUUUGGCAGAUCAGUCUUGUCACCCUAUCUAUAGUCCCCCUAAUUGCCAUUGCUGGUGGUAUCUAUGCUUAUGUAGCAACUGGUCUUAUUGCUAGAGUGAGGAAAUCCUACGUCAAGGCUGGUGAAAUUGCAGAAGAGGCUAUUGCCAACGUUCGAACGGUCCAAGCAUUUGUUGGAGAAGAGAAGGCGGUAUUAUCGUACAAGAUGGCUCUCAAAAAAACUUAUGAGUAUGGGAAGAAGGGAGGACUAGCCAAGGGUGUUGGACUUGGUUCUCUGCACUGUGUUCUCUUCUUGUCAUGGUCACUUCUCACAUGGUUCACUAGCGUUGUCGUCCACAAGGAGAUAGCAGAUGGUGGAAAAUCCUUCACCACCAUGCUUAAUGUCAUUAUAGCCGGACUGCUGAAUACUCUCCUUCUAAGAUUAAUUUCUGAAGAUCAGGGUACGUUCCAGAAGGGUAAGAUCAUCUCAACUAACAUCAGUCUUGCUUCAGAGCUGAUAUUAGUUGACAAACCUGCGAACACUAAAGUUGUUGGUUGCAAAUGGAUCUUCAAAAAAAAGAAGGAUCUGCAUGGAAAUGUUGAGAAGUUUAAGGCAAGACUUGUUGCUAAAGGCUACACUUAA